UUUUUUUUUUUUAAUAAAUUAAAAUAUACAGAUAUACACAUCUAUUUAUAUAUAUAAAUACAUAUAUAUAUAACAAUCAAUGGAGCACAAUGAAGAUAUCGAAAUGAAGAAUAAGGGUCGAAUGAAUAAAACAAUAAAUCAAAAAGUCACUUCUAAUAAUGAAAAAAAAAUGGAUGAAAACAUACCAAAAGAAGAGAAGAAAACAAAGGACAGUUUUAAAUCCACAUCCAUUGCACUUAUUGAGAAAUUGUUGCAAUUUAGUACUCCUCGACUUGAUUCCAAGAUUGUUAAUGUUUUAUUUUUAGAAGGUAUGAUGGAUAUAUUCAUGACGCAUAUCACUCGGUUGAAUGUGGAUGGUGAUGAAGAAGAAGAAAUUGUGAAAAGGAAAGAAAUUGAGUUAUUAGAGUCUUGCAGUAUUGAGGAAAAGUUGAAAUUAAGUAAGCAUAAACGAGAUAUGGAGGAUGUGGAUGCUUUAAAGAGAUCAUAUCAUGCUAUGGAAUUUUUAUCGGGUACAACAGCUAAUCAUUUAUGGGUUCAAAAUGCAAAGUUUUAUGAGAUUGUGAGUCAUUUGGUGGAAGUAUUCUUACCAAGUUCAAACGGCAAUUUUAAUCAUUUCUUUAAAAUAUUUCAACAUUUGGUGAGACGACAUCCAUGUGAUAUGUUGGGUUAUAUAAUUAUGGAUAGGGAAGCUUCAAUUCUAUUUAAUUAUAUGUUACCUUAUUUGACUGAAAGUCCAGUUAUGGAAUCCUUAUUGAGUUUAAUAUUUGUACGUGAUAUUAAUCCAGAAACAAGAGAAGCUCGCGAAAAGAGUUAUGAGAGAUUAUAUGAAUUAGGAUUUUUAGAAUUUAUUAUUAAUGCGAUGCAAUUGAAAGAAUAUCCUGAUUAUUUAGAAGCAGCACAAGAAUUUUUUGUAAGAGUAAUUGAAGAAGCAUCACAAGUGGAUCAUGGAGAUAUACUAUUCAGAUCAUUAAAAGAAGACAAAGGCAAGGAUAUAAUAGAAAGUUUAGUUAUGCAAGUAACUCAUAAUCCGCCAUCAAAUAACAGAGAUCGCACUAUUAAUGUUAUCAAAUUAUUAGUGAAGAGUGGUAUACUUUCAACAAGAAUAUCUACAGUAUCAUCACCUGUACAAGGACCACUUUAUUUUAUUUCCCUUAGAACUCAAGAAUUAUUAGCAGAGCAUAUUCCAGAUAUAUGCUCUUUAAUUGUUAAAGAUAGAGAAUCAAAGAAUACGAAAAUUGCAUCUUUAACUACUUCAGAUAUGGAUUUAUUAGAUAUUAUAUAUCAAACAUUAUAUAAUACAAACGAAAAGACUCAAAUGCUAGCAUCCAUACCUGUCUCAUUUUGGAAAAUAUUAGUCAAUUCCUUUUUCGAGAAAUCAACUAGCAAUAUCUACCAUACAUUGUUUUAUAGAAUUAUAUGCUUAAUAUUAUCUAUUAAUUACGAACCAACGUUAGUCAUCAUUGUUAGAGAUCAGAAUUUGAUUACAAGAAUGAUUGAUACUUAUCAAGAUAAAGAACGAAAAUCAGAAAAUCAUGGGUUCAUUUUGUUAAUAUUAAACCAACUAAGACUAAUGGCAGAUGCUCAUCAUUCCGAAUUAAUAACAUGUAUUACCUCAGAACAUUCUCAGUAUCAAGAGUUUUUGCCUAUAUUAAGAAAGGAUACCCUUGCUCAAAUAGAACCUAUUUAUAAAUGGAAAAUGGACGCAUGUCCUAGACCGCCAUCGCAUAUUGGCCCUUCACCGCCUAUUCAAGCUAUUCAUUUCUCUCCUUAUACAGGCACUAUACCCUUAAUGAGCAAUGAAGAUAGUGUUAACCCUGGUAUUGAUUUGGGCAGUGAUUUUGCUUAUUGCUUAGGAUUUAAAGAAAGUGGGAAAGAAGGAGGAAGAGAAACACCGUAUGGUUAUUUAUCACGUACUAAUUCAGAUUAUUCAUCUUCACAUUCUAUUACGAAUGAUACUGGCUUUCCAAUGGAUAUUAUAUGGGGUGAAAGUUUGACAGCUGAAAAUGAUUCGGAUCAUCUGUCCAGUAAUAACAACCAAAAAAAAAAGGACCGAAUUCAAGCUUAAAAUAAGCCCUCGAAAAGUAAAUCUCUACCUAUUUAAAUCUUUGGAAAUUAUUCAGGAAAAGAGCGUAUACCUUCGCUCAAGAUUCGUAAUAUAUAUAACGUUUAAUACAGUUUCUUUAAAACAAUUUAUUUAUUUAUUUAUUUUCUUUGCAAACUGAC